GGUGGCUCUUCCCAGACUGGAGCCGGAGGAGCCAUCGCUGGGAACGGGAGAGGGAGGUUUGCGCGCGCGCGCGCUCUCCGGCUCCGAAAGUCCUUUCCUCUUCCUCCCUCUUUUGUGGGCGAGAGUUGCAGAGAGACCGGCCCUUUUCCCCCGCUGCUGCUGCUGCUGCUGUUUCUCUGCUUGGCUCCGGGGAACCGGCGGUGGGGAAGCCCUCCUCCCCAGCUCUUCUUGUGAAACACUGCAUUUUGUCGAGUUCUCCACCGCCACAAAGAAAUGCCCCAGGCUUCCUGUGGGCCUGGCGCAUACCUGAGCAGAUCCUUUUGGGGUGGCUUUUCCCGUUAAAUAGACAUUUUCCCCCAAGGCCGCCAUGCUGAGCUGAAGAUCCAAAAUGGCGGCCGAGAAGGGAAGAACGCCAAGCGUUGAUCUCUACUUCCGAUCUCUGCUCCAACGGGAGAUCGAGGCCAAGGAGCACCAUGAAGAGAGCAGCCGAACAGGCCACGAUCCCAAAGCGGCAGUGGAGAGAUCAGAAAGAUCCUCUCACAAAGCCAAGGCUGGGAAUGACCAGGAUUUCCUGAAAAGGGAGGCCCCGGAACUGGUCAUGGGCGAGUCAGGCGGGAAGCCAUGGAAACAUCUGGAAGACGUGAAAGGAACACGAUUCCCUUGCUCGGGAUGGGGAAACCCUCCCUUGCUGGGGUCUCUGCCUCGGGACGGUCCCAAAACUUUCCUGGCCACCUUUGAGGGAGUGGCGAGCGCUUGUCGGAGGUCUGGCAGGCUGUCGGGCCUUGGCAGAGAAGCUUCAAGGGACGCCACAAAGAUUGCCGCUGUCAAGACGGAGGAUUGUUGGAAAGCGACAGAGGAUCUCCUGGGAGACGAUUUGGCCGCUAUGGAGGUGCAGAGGACUCUGUUCCGGGAGUUCCGCUACCAGGAGGCCGAAGGUCCCCGCGAGGCCUGUAGUCACCUCUGGUACCUCUGCCACCGGUGGCUGAAGCCGGAGAGGCACUCCAAGGAGCAGAUCCUGGAGCUGGUGAUCCUUGAGCAAUUCCUGGCCAUCUUGCCCGCGGAGCUUCAGGGCUGGGUCAAAGAUGGCUGCCCUCAGACUUGUGACCAGGCGGUGGCCCUGGCCGAAGGCUUUUUACUCCAACGGCGGGAGGCGGCCAAAACAGAACGGGAGGGUCCGGCGCUGAUCCAGGAGGUGGGUUUGAACUUCCCUGCAGCUGAGUCGCCUCUGCCCGUCCUCGAGGAGACGCCACUCUGCUCCACGGUCAAGCAGGAGGGCGGUGCCGAUACCAGCUCCCCUAGACUGGGAGGUGAUGGGUGGAUCACCAAGGGCAAAGAGGAGAAGACCCACCUCGAAAAUACCGAGCUGGUCAAACUCUGUGGGCCUCGUGGGGAGGUCUCUCCUGGCCCCAAGAAGGGGGAGAAGCCUCUGCGAGCCGCGAAGGAUCAGUAAAGGGGCGGGAAAACUCCCUGGCGCCCAGAGGGGAUGUGUUCCCCCCUGUUUAGGAGAGAGCGGGGAACGGGGCCAAGCAGUCGUCGUCAAGAGGAGGCGCAGGAGUCGGGGG